AUGAUGAGUCGACAUCCCUGUUUCUAUCGAGUUCCUCCACAGGAGUUACACAGGAGAAACCAGCUAACAGAUGCCACCCAGACUAAAGUGCUGAACACCGUCAUCAGCGUGAAGAGAACAUCACCAGCUUUGUGUUAUGAGCCUGAUUUCAUAUGGAAGGACACCAAAAUUGCAUCACUGGAACGGAAUAUUCGAGACCUGGAGGACGAGAUCCAAACGAUGAAGACAAAUGGCUUUUUGCACACAGAUGGCCGGGGUGAAGACUUCAAACAGAUGGAAGUCUAUAAGAACCACUCAAAGUUCAUGAAAAACAAGAUUGAUCUGCUGAAACAGGAAGUAGUAAAAAAAGAGUCAGAGUCAAUGGCACUGCAAACUAAGCUUGACACACUCAGCAAUCAAAACUCAGACAGCAAACAGCACAUAGACGUCCUGAAGGAAUCUCUCAUAGCAAAAGAACACAGAGCUAAUAUCCUUCAGACAGAGGUGGAUGCUCUGCGUCUACGUCUGGAGGAGAGAGAGUCAUUCCUAAACAAGAAGAUCAAACAGACCCAGGAUCUCAUAGAAGAGAAGGGAACACUUAAUAGUGAGAUAUGUGAUCUGAAGGACAUGUUGGAGGUCAAGGAGAAGAAGAUCAACAUCCUGCAGAAAAAGGUUGAGAACCUGCAGGAACAGUUAAAAGACAAAGACAAACAGCUGGACAGUUUGGGGGACAGAAUGACGUCCCUGCAAGCCGACUCCAGCAACACGGACACAGCUCUCAUUACACUGGAAGAGGCUCUCUCUGAGAAGAUAGAAGAGGCAGAAAUGUAUAAGAAUGAAAAUAAGGAACUGAAAAGCCAGCUUGCCAGCCUACAAGAGCGUCUCUCAGAGAAAGAGGCGUGUGAGGCUGAACAUGUUGCUCGCUGGAACCCUGAGCUGUCAGAGCGACUGCAGGUUCUCCAAACAGAAGCUGUCUGUCAUAAAGAGGAAGUGGAGAAGUCUAAUGCUGAAAUCCAGAGAUUGCUGGCUCUUUUGCGGGAGGUGCAGUCUGAACGUCUGGAGCAGGACAAAAAAAUCGUUGAGCUGGAGAAGAAAGGUAAGGAGCAGAACCAAAAGCAGUCUGUGAAUCCAGGCCAAGCUGGAGAAUUGAUUCCCAAUACUUCAAGACAGUUGGACGAUUUGACGGCAGCUCUAGAAAAAACCAGAAAAGAGUUAGACGCCACAAGACAACGGUUGUCGUCUGUGCAGAAUAAUCUGUCUGAACGUGACAAUGAGCUGAGCAGGAUACGAGCUGAUCACAGUAAACAGCUAACAGAGAUCCUGCAGUUAAAACAACAGGCUCUGCUGGCUGCUGUCAGUGAAAAAGAUGGCUGCAUCAAUCUACUAGAACUUUCUCCCAUGAGAAACAUGUCGACACCGGAGGAUGUGAUGACCCUAAGGAGAGAGAAAGAGAGGUUUAUCAAUCACCAAAAACAGCAGGCACACAGUAGGAUGAAGCACAUGGCAGAACACAAUGAAGAUGGAUACGUUCAUCCACAGUAUUCCCAUCAUUCACAUCAUGGACAGCAGCGUGAACUGGUCUCCCCCCCACCAGAGCAGGAUGAUGAGGAUGGCAUAUGGGCAUGACAAAACAGAAACUGGUCUUGCACUGAAAGAACCUGGGGUAUCCCAGGUGUAGGACGGAGCAGAAACACUGGACCCAUGCUUAACAGGGAGUGACCAAGUGGAGACCUCCUUAAGUGCUAGCUGAGUUUAUCGAUGCCUUAGAGAAUUUGGAAAGAAGGGGUGUACCUGAACACAAUGGGGCAUCCAAAUCAACAGGGGAAGGAGAGGGCUGCCUCCAGAGCUGCCAUCAUCUUCGUCAGCUAGGCAAGUGCUGUAUGUGCGGUUAUUGCGGUGAACUCUCCACACUGGACUGAGGAACACUGAGCACACUGCUGCACCAUUCUCUGCUCGUGAAAAGCAGGGUUUGACUAAAGGCUUUGAUGGCACUGUGUUUCUUUGACACACAUUGAAUGCAAAUUAUGCAGUGCCUUGCACGGACCCCCAGUUUAAUGUACUGUUAAGCGUUUUGAAGUUUAAUUGUCUUUGCUUUUCGUAAGCCUAUGUGUUUAAAGCAGUAGCUUGCCUAAACAUGAAAUUUGUCUGAAAAUGUGCUCACCCUCAGGCUCUCCAAGCUGUAUAUGAGUUUGUUUCUUCAUCAGAACAGAUUUGUAGAAAUGUGUCAUUCCAUCACUUGCUCACCAAUGGAUCCUCUGCAGUGAAUGGGUGCCGUCAGAAUGAGAGUCUAAACAGCUGAUAAAAACAUAACAAUAAUUCACAAGUGAUUGGUUUAUUUAUUUUAUUUUAGAAUGUUUAUUGAUGGGCUGGAGUUGUAUGGAUAACUGGUAGAUUACUGUGAUGAUUUAUCAGCAGUUUGCACUCACUUACUUCUUUCUCUAAAUCUGUUCCGGUGAAGAAACAAAACGCACAAACUGAUGCAUCGUUUGCUACAAUGUACCUAUUGUGUUCAUGUUAUAUUGCAAGUCACAUUUGCUGCUAUUAACAACUUAAUACGGGUAAGCCGUACAGGUGGGAGAAUUAGGUUUAGAUUAGUUUUAAGGGUGGGUUAAGGUGUAGGGGUGAGGUCAACAGUGUAAUUCUACAUGUAACUACAAAUAUUACGGUAACUGUAUGUAAUUAGAGGUAUUUUAAAUAGAAGUGCAAUGUAAAUACAUGAAUGUACACAAUGCGUGCAUUGUUUUAAAUGAUUAUUUUAAAUGUCAGUACAUAGUAGUUAAAGGCACUAAAUAGAAAGUGGAUCCAAACAAGCUCAUCUGCAUCUUAGAUGGCCUGAGGGUGAGUACAUUUUUAACCCCUUUAUUUAAAGUUGAAUGCAAAGGUCUGGGCAGCUAUAUGAUUUGUUAAAUGGUAAGGUGUUUCCCAGCUGUUCCUAAUUAAACAAAUAUAAUUCAACUCUUUAGCCUGUUAGUAAGGAUUUCAUGACCAAAAAUAGAUGGAUCAGAUAAGGGAGAAUGUGUACUGUUGCUGUGUCUCUAGGAACAGGGUUGGGAAACACUGAGGUAAGGUAUUAAAAAAAACAAAAAAAAAAACAAAAAACAAA